GCAGUGCACGGAGCCAUGCACGGAGCAAUGUGCUCAGCAAUGCACGGAGCAAUGUGCUCAGCAAUGCACGGAGCAAUGUGCUCAGCAAUGCCCAGAGCAAUGCAUGGAGCAAGGUGCAGAGCAAUGCCUGGAGCAAUGUGCACAGCAAUGCCCAGAGCAAUGCACGGUACAGAGCAAUGCCCAGAGCAAUGCACUGAGCAAUGCACAGGGCAGUGCAUGGAGCAAUGCCUGGAGCAGUGUGCACAGUAAUGCACGGUGCAGAGCAAUGUCUGGAGCAAUGCAAUGUGCACAGCAAUGCAUGGAGCAAGGCGCAGAGCAAUGUCUGGAGCAAUGCAAUGUGCACAGCAAUGCCCAGAGCAAUGCACGGUGCAAUGCCCGGCACAGAGCAAUGCCCGGCACAGAGCAAUGCAUGCAUGGUGCAGAGCAAUGCCCAGCACAGAGCAAUGCAUGCAUGGUGCAGAGCAAUGCCCAGCACAGAGCAAUGCAUGGUGCAGAGCAAUGCCCAGCACAGAGCAAUGCAUGGUGCAGAGCAAUGCCCAGCACAGAGCAACACAUGGUACAGAGCAAUGCCCAGCACAGAGCAAUGCAUGGUGCAGAGCAAUGCCCAGCGUGGAGCAAUGCAUGCAUGGCACAGAGCAAUGCAUGCANACAGAGCAAUGCCCAGCACAGAGCAAUGCAUGGUAUGGAGCAGUGCAUGGCACAGAGCAAUGCAUGCAUGGUACAGAGCAAUGCAUGGUACGGAGCAAUGCCCAGCACAGAGCAAUGCAUGCAUGGUGCAGAGCAAUGCCCAGCACAGAGCAAUGCAUGCAUGGUGCAGAGCAAUGCCCAGCACAGAGCAAUGCAUGCAUGGUGCAGACCAAUGCCCAGCACAGAGCAAUGCAUGCAUGGUACAGAGUAAUGCUUGGAGCACAGAGCAAUGCAUGGUAUGGAGCAAUGCCCAGCACAGGGCAAUGCUUGGAGCAAUGCCCAGCACAGAGCAAUGCUUGGAGCAAUGCCCAGCAGAGAGCAACGCUUGGAGCAAUGCCCAGCACGGAGCAAUGCUUGGAGCAAUGCCCAGCACGGAGCCAAGCUUGGAGCAAUGCCCAGCACGGAGCCAAGCUUGGAGCAAUGCCCAGCACAGAGCAACGCUUGGAGCAAUGCCCAGCGUGGCGCGCACCGUUGCCAGGUUGAGCUGUGCUCUGUUGUGCUGUGUUGUGCUGUGCUGUGUUGUGCUGUGCACUGUUGUGCUGUGCUGUGUUGCACUGUGCUGUGCAGGAGGAGCAGCUGGAGCGAGGCCAGGAGCCGCCCUGCUCGGAGCAGAACCUUACUCAGAGAUUCCGUGGGGCUGACGCCGUGCGAUGAAAGGGAGCAGCAGCGUCCUCCCC